ACCGUAGUACUGUACAAUACGCCCACUCGCAGCUAUACGCUGACCGAAACGCUCUCUGCGAAAAUUGCCUCUGAUUCAGGGAGAAAUGUGCAUCUCUACAGCUACAUGCGUCACAGAGUUCAGCACAUGCGGAAGAUCCUUGCUCUUCCUUUCUUAAAGGAGUCUGAUAUUCUCUCGUGAUCGGUUGCAUAAACUUACAUACCCCUCACCUCUCUGCACGUAUCACCGAUUCUCUUUGCCAUCUGGAGAAUAGCCAUUGCUUUAGCCUGAUACCCAGACGGAGAAAUGGAGUCAUGUAAAACCAUCGGACCUGGUCGCGAUGAUGUGCUUCAAUGAGCAUCUGACACCGCAUAUAACGACGUUAGAGUAUUUAAUGGGUGGAAGUUGACUAUUUUGUCAAGCCACCCAUCCUUUUCGAUGUUUUUCUUCACCAUCUGUGGGCUUCUGCUCCCUGCUCUUAUCUACCAGGUCAAUGCAUCUCCUCACAACGCUCAGCCCAAAUAUCGGCUCGGUCGUGAGCAGAUCAAUCUCAAUUCUGACUGGAAAUUUCGUCGAUGGGAAGAGAAUCCGGAUGGCUUAAUAUACGAUUACCGACAAGAUCUGGAGAAUCUGACAGACGUUUCCAUUUUGAAACCUUGGAUUCUGCCAUCCGGAAAUGAUUUUAUCAAAGAUAGCUCAAAGCAUUAUCAAAGACCUGAAGGCAACCCUGGCAGCAACGUCACAUUCGUACAGAACGACUUCGAUGACCAGUGCUGGACCUCUGUCACCCUGCCUCACGACUGGGCGAUAGCAGGGCCUUUCUAUACGGAGCCCGAUGGAGAAGCGAUCGUAGGAGGUGGCAUGGGACGUCUCCCAGUCUUCGGUGUAGGCUGGUAUCGACGUAAGCUGCAUAUCUCGAAUGACGACAAGAACAAACAAAUUCAGCUCGAGCUCGGCGGUGCUAUGUCGUAUGCGAUGGUCUGGCUAAAUGGUAAACUGAUUGGAGGCUGGCCUUAUCCUUAUAAUUCUUUCCAACUCGACCUCACUCCUCAUCUCCAGUUUGGUCAAGACAAUCAGAUUGCUAUUCGAUUAGACAAUCCAGUCGAUUCUGCUCGUUGGUAUCCUGGCGGUGGACUUUACCGCGAUGUUUGGCUCACCAAGACGGAACACACUCAUGUCAACCAAUGGGGUACGCGGUUCACCACAAGAGACGUUUCAGACGAUUCUGCCGUCAUCGAUCUUCAGCUCUCGCUAGGGAACACUGCGAACUACACAUCAAAGGUUAGCGUUGUCACCGAGAUAUAUCGAUCAAAUACCGUCACUGGUCAGCAAGGACGCAUGGCCGCAUCCUUUCCAGCCACAACGGUGGAAAUCGAAGCAAACGACAAAACAAGCAUAAAUCAAACCCUGCUAUUGAGCUCACCACAGCUUUGGGGUCCCCCACCAACGCAAACCCCGAACACAUACAUCGGUGUGACCAGACUACUCAACGAGGCUGGCAUUCAGGUCGACGUAUAUGAGACACGCUUUGGAAUUAGGAAGUUCGAAUACACCGGCGAUGACGGUCUGCGAGUCAAUGGCGAGCGAGUUCGAGUACAAGGCGUGAACGAGCAUCACGAUCUCGGGGCGUUGGGUGCAGCAUUCAACGUCAGAGCUGCGGAGAGGAAACUCGAGAUUCUUCGUGAAUUGGGUGUGAACGCCAUUCGUAUGGCACAUAACCCACCAGCUAGCGAGCUGCUUGACCUGACGGACAAAAUGGGCUUUCUGGUCUUUGAUGAAGUGUUCGACUCCUGGGAGCGCAACAAGACUGCCAACGAUUUUCAUCUCAUCUUCUCUGACUGGCACGAGCAGGACCUUCGUGCCAUGAUCCGUCGUGACGCCAAUCAUCCUUCCAUCAUGGUAUGGAGUAUUGGCAACGAGGUCGGCGAGCAGAAUUACACACAGGAACUCACAGAAAUUGCCACCACCCUUUACGCCAUUGCUCAUGACGAAGAUCCAACAAGGCCUGUAACGGCUUCUAUGAAUUUCGCUCAGCCUGGAAACAACGGCGCUCCUUUCCCAGAUAUCCUGGAUGUGCUGAGCAUCAACUAUCAAGGCGAAGGAAUACGAGAUACUCCGAAUUAUGCAGUCACAAAGGGCAUCACCACUAAGCCUGCUUACCCCUUGUUCCAUGAAGACCAACCCGACAAGCUCAUUUGGACCAGCGAGUCAGCAUCAACAGUCAGCACACGAGGGACAUAUUUCUUCCCAGUAACUGACGACGGAGGCGCUCCCGUAAACGAUAGUUCUGGGGGUAAUACAACUCUGGCACAGGUCAGUGCGUACGAGCUGUAUUCGGCCAACUUCGGGUCUUCUCCCGACAAGGUGUUUGCAACACAAGAUCAGAAUACCUACGUCGGUGGAGAGUUCGUCUGGACAGGAUUUGAUUAUAUUGGAGAACCGACUCCAUAUUACACGUCCAGAAGCUCUUAUUCUGGUAUCAUCGAUCUCGCUGGCUUCAAGAAGGACCGCUUCUACCUGUAUCAGGCAAGAUGGCGUCCAGAUCUUCCCAUGGUUCAUAUACUACCUCACUGGAAUUGGGCUGGCCGAGAAGGGCAAGUAACACCAGUCCAUGUCUUCACCAGUGGUGAUGAGGCCGAGUUGUUUCUGAACAACGUAUCAAUGGGAAGACAACACUUGGAUCAAUACGAGUAUCGUCUGAGGUGGGACAAAAUUACCUACGAACCCGGUGAACUCCAUGUGGAAUCGUACAAGGCUGGAAAACUCUGGGCAGAAGCAACCGUUCGUACAACUGGGCCUGCCGUGUCUUUGAGGCUGACUGCAGACCGUCAAUCAAUUUCUGCUGACGGUGUUGAUCUUUCAUACAUCACUGCGGAUGUGCUCGACUCACAGGGGUCAGUGGUGCCCACAGCGAAUCCCGAGAUCGAGUUUUCUGUUUCUGGCAGUGGUGGGAUUAUUGCAACAGACAAUGGUGAUCCAGCAGACCUCGUCGCAUUCACCAGUACGAACAGGAAGGCAUUUAGUGGGAAGGCUUUGGCAAUCGUAAAGGCGUCGAAGAGGAAUGGAACGAUCUCGGUUGUUGCGAAGAGCGAGGGCCUCACCUCAGGCGAAAUCACAUUGAAUUUAUUGACCUAGGCAUAGAAAUACACCUUUGGACUUCGAGUUACCUUGGAGUCGGCCAUAG